GCGGGCCGGGGCAGGAGGAGGGGGGGGGCGCGGUGCUAAGAUGGCGGCGGGCGGCGCGGCGGGGCCCUGCGGGCUGCCCGUGGAGCGGCUGCGGGCGCUGACGGAGCUGGGCGAGCUGCAGGCGGCCUACGGGAGGCUGUGCCGGGAGGAGCAAGCCGUGCAGGAAGAGCUGGACGCCCUCAUGGAGCAGCAGAGCGUGGUGGAGAACAAGAUGGUGGCGCUUCAGCGCAUGGGCCCCAACCUGCAGCUCAUCGAGGGGGACGCCCAGCAGCUGGCGGGGAUGAUCGCCUUCACCUGCAGCCUGGCCGAGAACGUCAGCAGCAAGGUCCGGCAGCUCGACCUGGCCAAGAACCGCCUCUACCAGGCCAUCCAGAGAGCUGACGACAUCCUGGACCUGAAGUUCUGCAUGGACGGCGUGCAGACAGCCCUGCGGGGCGAAGAUUACGAGCAAGCAGCAGCUCACAUCCAUCGCUACCUGUCCCUGGACAAAUCCGUCAUCGAGCUCAGUCGUCAGGGCAAGGAAGGGGGCAUAAUCGAUGCCAACCUGAAGCUCCUGCAGGAGUCGGAGCAGCGCCUGAAGGCGAUUGUCACAGAGAAGUUUGACACGGCUAUGAAGCAGGGAGACCUGCCCCAGGUGGAACGCUUCUUCAAGAUCUUUCCCCUGCUGGGCUUACACGAGGAGGGGCUGAGCAAGUUCUCCGAGUACCUCUGCAAGCAGGUGGCCAAGAAAGCAGAGGAGAACCUGCAGCUGGUGAUGGGGACAGACAUGAGCGACCGUCGAGCUGCUGUCAUCUUUGCAGACACCCUGACGCUCCUCUUUGAAGGGAUCGCUCGCGUCGUGGAGACCCACCAGCCCAUCGUGGAGACCUACUACGGGCCAGGAAGGCUGUACACCCUCAUCAAGCACCUGCAAGGAGAGUGUGACCAGCAGGUGGAGAAGGUGGUGGAGAAGUUCGUCAAGGAGAGGGACUACCACAGGCAGUUCCAGCAAGUUCAGAACAGCAUGAUGAGAAGUUCUGCAGAGAAGAUUGAACCAAGGGAACUCGACCCGAUUUUGACAGAGGUCACCCUGAUGAACGCCCGCAGCGAGCUCUACUUGAGAUUCAUCAAGAGACGAAUAACGGCAGACUUCGAGGUGGGAGACUCCAUGGCCCCCGAGGAGGUGAAGCAAGAGCAUCAGAAGCAGCUGGACAAGCUGCUCAACAACUGCCUGCUGAGCUGCACCAUGCAGGAGCUCAUCGGCUACUACAUCACCAUGGAGCAGUACUUCAUGAGGGAGACCGUCAACAAGGCUGUGGCCAUGGACAGCUACGAGAAGGGCCAGCUCACCUCCAGCAUGGUGGACGACGUGUUUUACAUAGUGAAGAAGUGCAUCGGGAGGGCUCUGUCCAGCUCCAGCAUAGACUGCCUCUGUGCCAUGAUCAACCACUCCACCACCGAGCUGGAGUCCGACUUCAGGGAGGUUCUGUACAACAAGCUGAAGCAGGGCUUUCCGGCCACGACCUUCCAGGACUUCCAGAGAGGGGUGACCAGCGCCGUGAACAUCAUGCACAGCAGCCUGCAGCAGGGCAAGUUCGAUACCAAAGGCAUCGAGAGCACCGACGAGGCCAAGCAGUCCUUUCUGGCUCUGCACAGAGGUGGUGGGAGAGGCUCCCACCUGCACCUUCCCCUGGACGAGAGAGGUUCCUGGCCCACGCUCAGCGCUCCUUCAUCCUCGCUUAUCAUAGAAUCAUAGAAUGGCCUGGGUUGAAAAGGAGCUUAAAGAUCAUCUAGUUUCAACCCCCCUGCUCUGGGCAGGGUUGCCAGCCACUGGAGCAGGCUGCCCAAAGACAGGAGAGUUUCCAUUAGAGCAGGGUUGUCUGCUCCCCUUGGCAAGCAGGAUCCUCCUCUUGCCUUCUCCGAACAUCAGCACCACAACUCUGUGCGCUCGAGCUGGCCAGAGCACGGCAGCGAGUGUUACAGACCCCAGGAGAGCACUUGGAGGGCUGUUGCUCCUGUGCUGUGCGGCACAGCGUGUCCUCGCCUCUGGUGGGAGCUGCACAGGCCUUGCACUGGGGAAAAGACCCCCGCUGGGAGGGCAUCUCUGCCUGGGUCUGCUCCCUGCUUUCAGGCAGCCCUGGGGGCAGAGACCCUGGGAGUGCUGGAGAGGAGCUGGCUCAGACAUAAGCUGCUGUGAGCAUGCUGUACAGGUUCCCUGGGAUUCCCACUGCAUGAGGAGAGAAGGGAGCAGGAGGGACUGCUUUCGUUUCAUUAAACUCGGUUACAGGUUUCUUGAUGCGAAGCACUUAAAAGUGUCAGUUCUCCUUCUGGAAUUCCUCCUUCACCUGUCAGCUGGCCUCGUUCCCCCGUCUGCACAAACCCCAGCGUUAUUCUGACAGUCAGUUCGGCUCCAGCAGGUAGAGAACAGUCUGUUCAGGGAAGAGCAGAUAUUCAUCUGGCAGGAGGGGUGCUGAUUCCUCCUGCCUACACACAAAUGCCUUCCCUGCUUCUCUGGAUGUGCUGCGUCUCGACCAUCACCUCCAGCUGCUCCUGGACUGUUGUUCUUCGUGACGCCGUCACAGAAAGGAGCAGAGAUGUUGGGGGUACACCCCCUCUUCCACCAGCUGGGGCUUUGCUGCAGCAUUGUGGACAGAUUGAUGAUGAGGAAGAGCAGUGGACUGAACCACCUCAGCCUGUACCAGCUGCAGGCUCAGCACACGGGCUCAGCGUGGUUCAGCGUCAUGCAGCGAUCUGAUCACGCCGUAGCACCUCUGCCCCCUCAAAUAUUCCAUUUCAGUCUGGAGUGUGAGCAGGGCACGGAGCCAGUGAUGGGAAAUUCCAGUGAUUUUUACUUGCCU